GCGCGAUGGUUCAGUUCGACAAACAAAGACAACUCCUGUAUAGACUGAUAGUGAACCAGUUGUAUAGUGAUGGAUUAGCUCACUUCGCAGCCCCUAUUGGACUAGCUGCUGGUCUCUCUUCCUCUCUUCUCAUCCCCUCCAAUCAGCUGUACCAGCUGGUGAGCAUGUGCUCCUUGUGGGGGACCGAGACUGUCCGACAAACCGACUCCUGUCACCCUUCAAUCAACCCUUCAAUCAACUUAUCUCAGAUGCUAAACUCUCUUUCCAGUUUACAGAAUCAGAUGGGAGAGGGAGCCCCGCUGAUUAUGAUGCAGCAGCAGCAGCAGCAGCAGCAGCAGAACAACCCUAACAACGCCAAUCAGAUCCCCUCCGCAAACAGCCAGAUCCCCUCCGCAAACAGCCAGAUCCCCUCCGCAAACAGCCAGAUCCCCUCCGCAAACAGCCAGAUCCCCUCCGCAAACAGCCAGAUCCCCUCCGCAAACAGCCAGAUCCCCUCCGCAAACAGCCAGAUCCCCUCCGCAAACAGCCAGAUCCCCUCCGCAAACAGCCAGAUCCCCUCCGCAAACAGCCAGAUCCCCUCCGCAAACAGCCAGAUCCCCUCCGCAAACAGCCAGAUCCCCUCCGCAAACAGCCAGAUCCCCUCCGCAAAGCAAACCCCUCUCAAGACAGCAGAGGAGGAUCAGAAUGACAGGAAGUCACCACGAGUGAUGUUUGGGAACUACACUUCCUUCCCCCACCCUGUACCGAAUGUUAACGCUUCCAGUCUCAUAUCUUCCCCGCCUGGAGUGUUCCGUCCCACGUCCUUCAAGCCUGUAGUGAGCGGCCGAACCCCCCUUACCACCACCAUCAACUCUUUAUUCAAGGAGUUUAAAUCAGACUUAUCAGACAGACCCCUCAGCUUCAAGAACGAAGUGCUCGAAACCAACUCUUAUCUGAAGGAGAUUAACGCGCUAGUCGAAAACUUGGAGAAAAACUCUCGAGAUAUCCUGAAACCAGCUGUGAGCAGUAUGAUGAAACCUAUUCCAGAGCUGAUGACAGUUGAUAGCUCCCCCCUCAGAACUCCUCCUCUGACGCCUACAGAACCCUCUAACCUCACUUCUAACUUCACCUCUAAUCUUGCCUCAACCCUCACUACCACCAUCAACAGCAUGACAUCUAGUAUCUCCACUCCUCCUAAAGACACUGGGGAUAUCACCAGUCCUCUCAUGUCACGUAUCAAUACAGAGCUGACUGGAGACUCCCCAAUGGGGCCCACAGAUCUGCUGAUGCUAGGCAACCUGGUGGCUCAGGCUGCUAACAACAACUCUAUAGCUCCCGUACAAUUUCCCGAGAGUCCUGUCAAAACUCCUGCAGAAAUCACUCAAAGAUAUUUAGUCCAGCAGCUGACUCAGAGUAGCAAUGGUUUGAACCUCUCUUCUCAAACCGUCUCCAAAGGUCUCAAGUAUCUGCACGAUCACAUGAGUCUUAAUCCUGUCAACCAGACUCAACAAGGAGAGAAUACGGUGUUUCCCUGCGACAUUUGCCACAAGACGUUCGACAAAUAUAAGAAUCUCUUCCGACACGUCAAAACGCACAAGGGUGCCCGCCCUCACAGAUGUCACAUUUGCGGUAAGACUUUCACCCGAACAAGCACUCUCCGAGAUCAUAUCCGAAUACACACGGGAGAGAAACCUUACGAAUGCCCGCAGUGCUUUAAAAAGUGGACCACCUAUAGUAACAUGAAGGAUCAUCUGAGAACUCACCUCCCCGAGUCUAAACGUCCGUACAAGUGUACUAUCUGCUCGUCAAGACAUGCCUGCAGGAGCAACUUGAGAACACACAUGAGGACUCGACACGACGUGAUCAUUAAAAAGGGAGACGUUGUCAUGGAGAAGAUACCAAACGAGGAGAUACUCAUGAUAACAGCCAACACCAGAGUCAACAAUAACCGCAACAACGCUCCUUCAUCAACAAAUCAAAUGGAGAUUCAGGGCGUUCAGAACGAGAUGACAGCUGAUGUCAUUGUCAGACCAGUCAGUCAGGUGGUGUGAAACUAGAACACAGAAACUCUUAGAGAUUCUCAGAGACUGAGAGAUUCUCAGAGACUGAUUCAGAUGUUUUUUGAUUGAGAAGUUUGGAUAGCAAAGAAGAAAAUUGAAGUUUGAAGAAACUGUGAACUGGAAAACUUGAGACGCGCCAGUGAUAUGGUUACAAUGGUAACCAUAGUUAUGUUUGUACAUUUUACGAGAUAAUUUAUUAUUUUUUUCUUACUUUUGUUCUGGGAUAUAUAUUAUUGGGAUGCAAAAAGUUUUCUUUUAUAAUUAAUCUUGAAACUUUUCGCUUUUUCAGUUUAUCCCUCGCAUGUAUUAACUUUCGUUUAUGUCAAUAUUGAAUGAGUUUUAGAGAAAACCUGAGGCUCAAACUAACAUGAUAACGCAAUUUAUCGAGUCUUAGGCCACUCAGUUUUAUACUAACUCAACAUUUUGAGACGGAUUUUCAACUAA